AUGGAGGAUAGCAGAAAGCCCACCUCACGGGUGAUUGACUCCUUGCAUAGUGAAAUAGAUGAAUUGAAAAAUGAGCUUGAAAUAGCUCGGCUGGCAAAGGAAGAGUACAAAAAGAAACACCUAGUUGAAAGCAAGAAAAACGAAUCAUACGUGGAUCAAUUGGCAAAUGCAAAGCACGAAAACGAUAUGGUGAAUGCAUUAUUGAAGCGAAAAGAAAGACGAGUAGCCGAUUUGGAAGAACAGUAUAACGAUUUAAAUUCAAGCAAUGAGACUUUGCUGUUGAACAAUAAAAACAUGAAGAUCCGAUGUGAAAAUUUACAGGAAUCGUCUGCCUUAUCAACUGCUGAAUAUGAGAGAUUAAAAAUUGCUUAUGAUGCUUUGUUGGCCUCUCAAGUGGAGUAUAAAAAACAUUACCAGAAAGAAAUUCAUAAUUUGACUUCACAAUUCGAAAAAUAUAAGAAGGAAAGUUCUGAAAGAUUUGAGUCCUUGUCAGAUAACUUAUCGAGUAAUGACCGUGAUAUAGAUACCCUAUUGGACAGUUUGACGAAUAAAAGGAAAACAAUGGACAAUUUGUAUGUUAACAAGAAUAGAGCCGUCCUAGAAUUAUUAUCUAAAUUGGCGAAAGCAGCGAAUAUACAUGGUCACUCAUCGAAAAGUAUACUUCAAAAUAACGUUGAAGUAAUUCGAUUCUUGGUCGAAAAAUAUCCAGAAUUACAAUCCAAAUUAUUACACCAAGAGAACUUCGACGUCGACUUAGAUGAACUUUUAAAUGAAUCAAACGAAGCUUUGUCCAAUUCUUCAUUUGACGAAGAAGCCACCUUAAUAAAUUCUCCUGACCCAAGCAAUGACUUGAAAAACCUUAAUAUAAAGUCUGGCCUUAAGAAUAAUAAUAUUCAGCAAAAGAAGAGAAAGAAUAACAGCAAGAGGAAUUCUAUGAGAUUCGACCUGAAGAGCUCACUGGAUUUUGCGCAAUCUCAUUUGAAUGUUCCUAAAAGAAACUCCAAUCUGCAAAAAAUAAGAAACACUAGCGGUGAUUCACAGUCUCGUACUCCUACACCCCCUUCAAAUAUCAAUGGAGAUAGUUCAAGACGUGAUAAGUCUGGAGCACCGAGUAAUUCAUUUGGAUCUAACCGUCAAAAGAGUAAUUCUAAAAAUUCAAAGAGAAGAUCUCUUUAUAUAGACAACAGUGCUAAAGCCUAA